GUAAGUUGAAUAGCACAGCACGAGAACAAUGAAAGACAGAAGGAAGAAUAGCAUGAAUACUGUGGAUUGCUGCGGAUGCCGGCCUUUAGCCUUUCUACUGGCCCUGCCCUGUGUCAUCCUGUCCCUCUUUGUAUCGAUCGCCGGCGUCAUUGUCUGGGCCAUCGGGUCGGUAGUGGGUUUGAUAUGCCCAUGUUGCCUAUGCGUGCCGGCCCUGGUGGACUUUGCCCUAGAGCUGAUCAAGGCCCCGCUUCACGUCUUGGAGUGGCUUACCUCUCAUAUCCCCUGCUAGACUUACACGUCAAUCCAAUUUCAUUCUUCUCUGUGCUUCAGUUAUAUACUACUUGGUUUAUUUUUAAGUGGGGUCUCAGUUUUCUUUCUUAAAUUUUCUGUGAAACGCUGAUGUGAGAAUGUGUUUGUACUACAUUAAUUUCAUUUGUUGUUUCUGGUUCAUACGAGACGAAAUGUCGUGUGGUUGGAGCAUGAGAACAAAAGAAAGGCUCCUCCACUAUUUUGUGUACUUUGUAUCUGUAAAAAUGUAUGUGUUUAGUUAUUUACUGUUGUUAUUAUUAUA